UUUGUGCGAAAAGAAGAGUAAGAUGGCGUUUUGGAAACCAGGAACGGAGAAGCCAAGCUUCAUGGAGGAUGAAGAAGGAGGCAUAGUGCUCAUGUCCAACAAUCUCUCAUCCUCUUCUUCUUCUAGUUUUGGGUAUGCGAAUAUAGAGAAGCAGAGGCAGAGAUUGCCAGUGUACAAGUACAGGACUGAUAUUCUGUAUCUGGUGGAGAAUCACGCUACCACCAUCAUCGUUGGUGAGACUGGCAGUGGCAAAACUACUCAGAUUCCUCAGUAUCUUAAAGAAGCUGGAUGGGCUGAAGGAGGGCGAGUUAUUGCUUGCACACAGCCAAGACGUUUAGCUGUCCAGUCGGUUUCUGCGAGGGUGGCAGAAGAGAUGGGAGUGAAUCUUGGUGGUGAAGUUGGCUACACUAUUCGAUUUGAAGAUCAUACAACUUCAGGUGUGACUAGUGUGAAAUUUCUCACUGAUGGGGUACUAAUCCGAGAGAUGAUGGAGGAUCCUCUAUUGACAAAGUAUAGUGUUAUUAUGGUAGAUGAAGCUCAUGAAAGAUCUAUUUCAACUGACAUUUUACUUGGUCUCUUAAAGAAGAUACAACGUCGUCGUCCUGAGCUGCGCCUUAUUAUCUCGUCAGCCACAAUCGAAGCAAAACAAAUGUUCAAUUUCUUCAAUACCAGCAAAAAACGCCAGGCGCCAGAAGGUAGUAACCAUGGACCAAAGUUGGAACCUGCAAUCUUAUCUGUCGAGGGCAGAGGCUUCAGUGUUAAAAUUCACUAUGUUGAGGAGCCUGUUUCAGAUUAUAUCAGAUCGGUUGUUUCAACGAUUUUGUUGAUUAAUGAGCGGGAGCCACCUGGGGAUGUUCUUGUAUUUCUUACUGGUCAAGAUGAUAUUGAAACUGCUAUUAAACUGCUAGCAGAAGAAGCUCAUAGCAAUCAAAAGAAUUCCUCAGGACUGCUCCCUCUGCCACUAUAUUCAGGACUUUCACGAGCAGAACAGGAACUGAUCUUUACUCCAACUCCCAGAGGAAAGAGAAAAGUUAUACUCUCGACAAAUAUAGCAGAAACAUCAUUGACUCUGGAGGGGGUUGUCUAUGUGAUUGAUAGUGGUUUCUCAAAGCAGAAAUUCUAUAACCCGAUUUCAGACAUUGAAAGUCUUGUGGUGGCACCAAUAUCCAAAGCAUCUGCUAGACAAAGGUCUGGUAGGGCUGGGCGAGUUCGGCCUGGAAAGUGUUACAGGCUUUACACCGAAGAUUAUUUUCUCAAACAAAUGCCUGGAGAAGGCAUACCAGAGAUGCAGAGGUCGAAUCUUGUUUCAACUGUGAUACAGCUUAAAGCAUUGGGCAUAGAUAAUAUAUUGGGUUUCGACUGGCCUUCACCUCCAUCCCCACAAGCAAUGAUCCGGGCACUUGAAGUGCUUUAUUCACUUCAAAUCCUCGAUGAUGAUGCAAAACUCACUUCUCCAACAGGAUUCCAAGUAGCAGAACUUCCACUGGAUCCAAUGAUAUCGAAGAUGAUCUUAGCUUCAAGUGAGCUUGGUUGUUCAGAUGAGAUCAUUACAAUCGCUGCAGUUCUCUCUAUCCAAUCCGUUUGGGUCAUUGCAAGGGGAGUACAAAAAGAACAAGAUGAAGCAAAACUCAGAUUUGCAGCUGCGGAGGGUGACCAUGUCACAUUCCUCAACGUAUACAAAGGGUUUCUUGAGUCGAAAAAAUCUUCACAGUGGUGCUACAAGAAUUUCCUCAACUAUCAAUCCAUGAAAAAGGUGGUUGAAAUCAGAGAUCAACUCAAACGGAUUGCUCGGAGAUUAGGCAUCACCCUGAAAUCAUGUGACGGAGACAUGGAUGCUGUGAGAAAAGCAGUGACAGCAGGUUUUUUCGCCAAUGCAUGCCGUUUAGAACCACACAGCAAUGGGGUAUUCAAGACCAUUAGAGGCUCUGAAGAAGUUUAUAUUCACCCAUCAUCCGUAUUGUUCAGGGUGAAUCCGAAAUGGGUGGUUUACCAAUCCAUUGUCUCAACAGAGCGUCAAUACAUGCGGAAUGUCGUCACCAUCAAUCCUUCUUGGCUGACAGAAGUUGCUCCACACUUUUACCAGAACCGGCAAAACAAUAUGUCCCUGUAAUCACCAAGCUAGGAGUCGCUCUUCAAGACAGGUCCUGACAACUUAUGUUUCAUGAGCUAGUACAAUGAAAGAAUGUCUUGAAAACGCAAAGAAACAGAGUUUAUUCGUGCACAAAAAAGGAGUUCAUUCAAUGAAGAAUAGCAUGUAUUGUUUGUUUGUUUGAACAACUAUAUUCAAUCAACUUUUGAUCAAAAAAAUAUUCAAUCAACUUAGUUCAGAAAACAUAGACUGUUUGUUUGAACGACUAUAAAUCCAAUCAACUCAAUGAAGAAAGCAUAUAAUUAACUUUGCCUGUUUAUAGUUUCUGGUUCUUCUCACAGUUUACAAAAGUUAAGAAAAUGAUAAUAUAACAGAAUCUGAUCUCCUUAUUCAACUGAAAACCUCAGCGAACUUCUCAGAAACCAAAACUCCUGAAUCAAUAGACUCCAAUGGAUCCUUCCUGAGACGGUGCCUCAAGCAGUUAGGGAUAACGGUUGCAACAUCAUCUGCAGUCACUCUAUCUUUUCCUUUGAGAGCAGCAAGAGCCUUUGCUGCUCUGUUAGUCACAAUGUCUCCUCUCAACCCAUCAACAUUGAGCUCCGAACACACCUGAGAGAUCUUCACCUUCAACUCCCUAUCAAUCUGAACAGAUGCAAGAUUGCUUCUCGCAUUUGAAAUCUGGUCUUGA